AUGAAAAACCCCAAAGCCGGGGCUUUCAAGCUAAAAAUCGGCCAGCCAAACGGAAGUGAGGAUCCUGGCCAAAGUGUAUCCAAGAUACACCCAUCCCUGAUGAAUAGUGACCGUUUGCGUUACUAUCGCAAACUGGUAUUGACUGAGAUGGGAUAUGUCCCAGAGAGGCACGGAGCCGGGGUUGGUGACAAAUUUAUCACAGAUAUGUUUCAUUGGACUGAGCGAGGGCUCAAAAUUAUCUCCUGCUCCUUCUUGGAAAACAAGGAGCACUUCACCUUCCAGACCAACAAGAUGCACGAUCGCCUUCUAGCUCGGGGAAAGGACAGAGAAGUUUACCAAGGUGGCCUUCUCUCGGACGUGACCUACCGAUUUUUUGAGAAUGGAUGCCUCCUCACUACACCUAUUUUCUGCGAGCAACUCACUCGAUGGAUACCCGUCCAGCUCUCAUGGAUUCGCGGGUUGUCAGAGAAUUAUUACCAAAUCCACUUUACCAUUCUUUUCAGACAGUUCAUGAUACCCUCUCUCCUGCCUUCCAAACGUGAGACUCUGGCGCGCCAAGUGGUUGACUUUUCCAUGGCUCAGAAGGAAGGAUUUGUUGGGGCUUUCAUGGAGGUAUUUGGCAAGGCAGAUUGGACUCGUGCUCUUCGCAACUUGAAAGGAUGCCAUGAGCAUUUCCAAGCGCAAAUCACUCGGAUCAGGAGAAACAGGACAAUUGUUUCAGUUGAGCAAGAGGCUAACUUUGAGCGCAUGUGCUCUGCACUGCUUGAACGAUCCCAGCCAGGUGGAACAAGCCAUGAGGAAAAGAUUGACAAGCUCCGCCGACGUUUCCCCAAGGCCAAACGUUGGCUUGAUUGGUGGACCGCCACCGAUGUUGAGGCUAUGUUGUUCCCCUCAAGACGAGCUAUGCUAGACGAUUACCCUGAGGGAGAAGACAAUCUCCCUGACACAAAAAAUGCCCAAGAAAGCAUGCAUAGGCUAUACUACAUGAUUAGGUGA